AGUCAAAGGCCGUUUGGAAACGUUUUUUUCCUAAUGUUUCGAAAUUAUUUCCCUCAAAUUAAAGUGGCAGUUUUCCUUCCUGUUGUGGUCCGGGAGUGGAGUUGGUGGCAUUUUGAACUCUAACGCCGCGAUACUCGCGUGUGUUCUUAUGGUCGGUUUUAUUUAUUCCGAAGGAGGUUGAAAGGGGGAGGGUGGGGGGAGGAAAAUUUCCGGCCGGGAUCGGAGUGGUGCGGAUUGAGGUCUGGAAACAUUCGGCUGGGCCCCGGAGUGGGACUGUGAAUGGGAGUACACAACCUCGGACUCGUGUGAGGAGAGCGGUCGGGGAGAGCGGCCACGCUGGACCGAGCACUGUCAUCAAAGCCAGUGAAUUCCUUUAUUGGAACAAAUACAUGCCGCGGUGGAGAACUAUGGAAUCAACUGUCGAUGAUGAUGCAAUAGAUGCUUGAAUGAGGUGACAGCCGAGGGAAGGAGGAACGAUGCCCAAGGUUGGGUGUUCUAAAACACCACAAUCGGAAGAUUACCCGCUCAACAUCGAUAUGGUAGAGAAACAAUCGGGGAAGAAGGAUAAGGAAAAAAUCUCAUGUAACAAGACUCCAAAGUUAGACAGAAGUGAUGGAGGGAAAGAGGUGAAAGAGAAGGCAUCGAAGAGGAAGCUGCCUUUUACUAUCGGGGUUAACAGCAGUGAUCAGAAGGACUCGGACACCGAGAAGCAAGGUCCAGAGCGGAAGCGAGUGAAGAAGGAGGCUGGAGCCAGAAGGUCUGGAUUGUUUGGGGCAGGAAUAAGAGCGGGCUGUCCACUCUCAGAACGGCAACAAGUUGCUUUGCUGAUGCAAAUGACGGCAGAAGAAUCGGCAAAUAGUCCAGAUCGUACCCCAAAGCACCCCUCGCAGUCGAUUUUUGGACAAAAGAGAACACCAAGUUCUGCCUCCAAAACCAAAGACAAAGUAAAUAAGAGAAAUGAACGUGGAGAGACACGACUUCACCGAGCUGCCAUUCGAGGAGAUGCACGUCGCAUAAAAGAACUCAUAAGUGAAGGUGCAGAUGUAAAUGUGAAAGACUUUGCAGGUUGGACCGCUCUGCAUGAAGCAUGUAAUAGGGGUUACUAUGAUGUUGCUAAGCAACUCCUUGCAGCAGGUGCUGAGGUCAAUACGAAAGGCUUAGAUGAUGAUGCACCUCUCCAUGAUGCAGCGAACAAUGGUCACCGCAAGGUAGUAAAGUUGCUGUUGAAAUAUGGAGGGAAUCCCCAUCAGAGUAACAGAAAAGGAGAGACACCGCUCAAAGUUGCCAAUUCCCCCACCAUGGUGAACCUGUUACUGGGGAAAGGUUCCUGCAGCUCCAGCGAUGAGAGUUCAACAGAAACUUCCGAAGAUGAAGAUGCUCCCUCAGUUGCUCCCUCCAGUUCAAUUGAUGGUAAUAACACAGACUCUGAAUUUGAGAAAGGCCUAAGACACAAAAUCAAGCGACAAGAGUUAUCUAAAACAGUUACACCAGUAAAGGAUGAGUAUGAAUUUGAUGAGGAUGAUGAGGAAGAUAGAGUACCACCUGUUGACGACAAACAUUUGCUGAAAAAAGAUUAUAGAAAGGACUUAAAAACGAACAAUUGCAUUUCUAUUCCUAAAUUAGAGACAAAAACUUAUUCUAAAAAUUCCCUUCUAACACCAAAGAAAACUCCACGACGUAUUUUAUCUGACACCAACAGUUCAGAUGAAGAGGAUAGAUUAAUACGCUUCUCUCCUCCUCUUACCAGGCCUUCAGUGCACUCCAGUCUGCCUGUUGCAAGCUCUAAGCAAAGGGAGUCACCAGUUAAAAAACAGCAAAAAGAAAAAACUAAAGUGAAAAAAAAAUGGAAAAAAGAUAUGAAAAACAAGGAAGGUAGAUUGGGUAAGGAUGAAGACCAAUUCAAUUCAUCUGCAACAGAAAGUAAUGAUUCAGAAAGUGAGGAGGAGGAUAAGGGAUCAAUACAGAGUGGACUUGGCAUGAAGGACUCUUAUAUGAGCCUGAAAGAAUCAGCAAUGUUCUCUUCACUGUCUGCAUCCUGUUCUUCCUCCCAAGGGAGCUAUGCAUCAUCAAAGCAUAUUCCCAGUCUUGCACGACAACAUUCUAAACCCUGGCGAGCUGAUGGUUGGAAAUCAAACAUGUCGCCGGUCUGGUCUGAUGUGAGUUCUUUGUCAGAUUCUGUAAGAACACGACUAACAAGUGAAUCUGACUAUUCUUCGGAAGAUUCCAGUUUGGAGUCUGUUAAACAAGUUAAAGAGAAAAGAGAUCAUAAAAAGAAAAGCCUUGUUGAUGGAGAUGAAACAGAGAAGAAAAUGGCAGAAGAUAUCUUCAAGAUUUUGAAUGCUGAUGAAAUAGUUCAGAAAUUUGAUAAACAGGGCAAGGUGGUUAAAAAACAUAAAAUGAAGCACAAGCACAAAAUAAAAGACAAGGAAAAGGGAAGAUCUCAGAAUAUCCUGACAGGCAAUGAUAAGUUUUCAAAAAGUUUGAAUCUAGAAACUGAUGAGUUUAAGCAAAAAGUAGAAAAAUCUUUAAAUGCAGAAACUGAAAACCUUUCAAUUGAUAGAGCAAAAACUGUAAAACAUGAUAAAGAGCACUUAAAGAAAGAAGAAAAAGAAAAACCUUUUAAAGUCAAAUCUGAAGAAAAAGACUGGUUACUCAAAGACGAAGUAGGGAAAGCUUGUAAAGAAGAAAAGUUAAGGAAAAUCAAAGACUUCUCCAAAGAUAAUUACAAGUCUGUAAAAGAAGAAAAAGACAAAAUUUUCAAAGUAGAUAAAGAAAAACCCUUUAAAGAGAAAUCUUCUAAAGAAGAAAAGUUUAAAAUCCAUAAAGAUGAUAAGAAAAAGGCAAAGGAAAAACCUUUGAAGGGUGAGAAACAUUUGAAACAAGACAAAGAAAAGUCUGCAAAAGAUGACAAGGAAAAACUAAGAAAAGAUAAAGUUCGCAAAGAGGAGUCUGAUUAUGAGGAUCCAAAGACUAAGAGUCACUUUCUAGACAGUGAUGAUAGGUUUAGUAUGUCUGAUCAUGAAGAAAAAUGGUUUUCAGAUUUGUCCUCCAGUUCUUCUGUAUAUGAUGUAAAAGGGGAAGCCAAUUGGGGUAUCCCAGUUAAAGACUUCAAGGAACACAAAGAUGGCACAGCAGGGAAACUGGCUGGUGAAAGUAUGAAAGAAGAAUGUAAGGAAAAGAAAAAAGAAUCCAAGUUAAAAGAUAAGCGAGAACUAAAUGAAAAGCGCUAUGAUAAAGACUGCUUAAGAAAGAAAGAUCGCGAGUAUGUAGAUAAAAGUGUAGAGAAGAAAAAAGACGAACUUGAUAAACAUAAACUGGGGCAGGGCUGUUUUCUGGAAAAAGAGAAAAGGAGGAAAGACUCUAUUGAGAGUGUUAAAGACAGAAAGGAUAAAGAUGCAAUUGAAAAUAUUAAAGAGCGAAAAGACAUUGUUGCUGAAUUCAAUAAGGAAAGAAAAGACCUGAAGGGAAAGGCAGAUGAUAUCUCCAAACCAGAUUCAAAAGAGUGUGGAAAUGAAAGUUUCUUCAAGGAGAAACUUGAAAGUGAUUUCAGUGGAAGGACAUUGGAAGCAAGGGAGAGGCAUUAUUCAGGAAAAGAGAAGGAAAAAAAAGAUGGAACUGAACGGAAGGAAAAGGUAAAAAUGGAAAAAUACAAAGAAAAGUCUAAGGAUAGAGCUUCAGUUGAAAUUGAAAAGGAAAAAAAUGAAAAGAGCCUAACUGAUAAGUUCUUAAAGGACAAAGAUGCAGAUAGAGAAAAGCUAUUCAGAGAAUUGAGUGGUUUCAAAGAUAAAAAGGAACAGAAGGAAAAGAACAAAGAUAUCUUCAACCGAGACAAGGACAGAAAAAUGUCAUCAGAAUUCAGUAAGGAAAAGAGAGACAAAAAUGCAAUGGAAAAACAUGUAGAAAAAGAUAAAGACUUUGCAGAAAGAAAGGAGAAAGAAAAAACAGAUAAACAUAAAGGAGUUGAUACGGAACUUGGAAAGGAAAUGAGUUGGCAUAGCAUAGCAAAUGACAUCUUCACAGAUGAAAGUGGCGAUGAGUUAGAUUAUUGUGACAAAGAACUUGGGAAUAAUGAAAUGUGUAGAACUGACUUGCUGCCUGACAAAGAGGAGACAAAAGCAGAAAAGGAACUGUUUCCCUAUGAGAAACACCGAAAAUACUCAGCUGAUAAACAACAUUCAGCAGAGAAACCAAGAGAGAAAGAAUUCAAAGAUAAGAAAAAGGAUAAACUAUUAAUAGAUUGUGGGAAAGAUAAGAGGGAAAAAUGUUUGCUUGAAAAACAUAAAGAAAAGAAAGAUAAGGAAUUAGUUGAUAAAUUUAAAGAAAGAAAGGAUAAAGUGUCAACAGAUUCAAACCUAGAAAAGAAGGUCAAGCCAAAGUUUCCAGAAAAGUUAGAAAAGCAGCACUCAAGUGAUGAGAAGUUGAAAGGUAAGGCAAAAGAAAAAACUGACAAAGAACUUGUAAUAAAAGAAAGAAGGCUAUCAAAGGGAAUUCCAAUAGAAGAAGAAAAAAAAUGCUCGGAAAAACUACAAAGCUCAACUUUUAAUGAAUUUAAAGAGGAUUCCAAUGACAAGAUCAGUGAAGUUUCAUCUGACAGCUUUACAGAGCGAGCGCACGAUUCCACAAUGUGUAGUUUAAAUGAUGUUUUGAAUUUUGCUCAAGACAAUGCAGAGGAGAAGUUAAAGGAUUCUCUUAAUGUUUUGUAUUCACAAGAAAAAGGCAAAGAAAAGGAGAGAAACAGACAUCUGUCAUCAUCGUCAAGAAAAAAUGAGAGAGACAAGGUGAAGAAGGAAAAACGGGAUAAGUCAGAGGAACUAAAAGAAGUUGCUGCUAAACGAGAAGGUUCAGUGUUUGAGCGAGACCCUUUGAUAUCAGAUGGAGAUUGCUUAAGUCACUUUUUAAAAGCUGAGAAAGAUGAUGAAUUAGACAAAAGUGGAGAUGCUGUUUUAAGUGAGAAGAAAGAUAAGAAUGAAUCUGAAAAGGAAUUACCUAAAAAAGUAGAUAAGGUCUCUAGUGUUUUCAUUGGUGUCAAGGAGAGGGAGAAAGACAAAAAAAAGAAAGACAAACAUAAGGAUAAAUCAAAAGAUGACAAAGAAAAGCAUAAGGAAAAACAUGGAGAAAUGACCAUGGUGUUCAAGCAUUCAAAAGAAGAACACAAGUCUAGUGCUAAAGACUCUCUUCCUAUUGUUAGAGAGUCAGGUGGAAACAAAGAAAAAGCAAAAGAUGACUGUUCAAAAAAUAUUGAAAUCAAAAAGGAAAAAAUCAAAGAGAAUUCAGAAAAGGACAAAAAUGAAUCCUUUAAGAUUAGAACCACUGAAAAUGAUAAACUAAACCAAACUAAAGAAGUAUCGCGUAAGGACAGCAGACCUAAGGAAAAGCUUUUAGGUGAUGGAGACCUGAUGAUGACUAGCUUUGAACGUAUGCUAAGUCAGAGAGAUCUAGAAAUUGAAGAACGUCAUAAAAGGCACAAAGAGCGAAUGAAAUUGAAGGAGAAGAUGAGGCAUAGGUCAGGAGAUCCCAAGUUGAGAGAGAGAGUCCGAAGUACGGAAGAAAUACGCAGGAAGAAUUUUGAUAUGUUGGCCAAAAAAACUUCACUUGAUUCUCAACAAAAGGACAAAAAGCUUAAGGAUCAAGGACCAGGACAAAUUGCGUCACUGGACACAAAUGCAAAGAUUCAGCCAGUUACUUGUCCUGAUAUAAAAGACUGGCUUUCAACUCCUGGACUGAAAGCAAAUUUACCUGCUUCACCAAGAUCUGAUCAAGAUAGGCCAACAGGUGUUCCAAAGAUGACUCCAUUGGUUUCUUGUCCAAGUUAUGAAGAUUUACUGCCCACGCCACAUAUGCCUAACUGUGUGAAUGAAGAUUUUACUGAUCUGUUUGAAGGAAUAGAAUCCCAAAAUUCAGCAACCAUGUCAGCAAUAACCAUGAAUGCCUGUUCCCCUACCUUUUUUGAUAGAUAUAUGAGCAUCCCCACUAGCAUGCAAAGUAAUCCAAAUCAGACAUCAACCAGCACUGUUCAAGUAUCCAGCCUCUUUCGAUCAGUGUCAAUGGAUACCAGAAGGCCACAAGAAGGAUUUGAUGGUAAUUCUGAAAAGUUCUUCAGGCAGCAAAGUGUGCCUGUAUCAGCAGAUUAUGAAACUUCUAUUCCACAGGCAAUGGAGGAAAAAUCAGUUGUUCAUUCAGAGAGAUUCUCUGGCUUGUCACCAUGUGUUUCACCUGAGUAUGGAAUUUCCUCACCACAGCUGGAACAGUCUCAGUCUAGAGUUGCAAAGUCAUUCACUGAAAAUCUUAUCGCUCCACCCGAAAGUGUUCUUAAUCAUUUGCAUGCAAAAUCAUUGCCAUCGCAGAAACCGGAUCCACUGGAACCAUCUCUAGAUAGCUUAGUCACUGAUUUUGCCUUGCCUUUAGAUUCUUCAGAGCAGCAACCAAAUACUCCUUUGAUGUCUCCUAAUUCAGCUUUAAAUGCCAGUCUUGUGCCUACAUCUGGAGACCCAUUUACUUCCAAUGAUUCAGCCCAGAAUAAGCUAAGUUAUCCAUCUUCACCACACAGACCAACUGAACAGCUAACCCUCAGCCCAAUGAGUAAUUCUUUGGAGCAGUCAGUGAAUUGGUCAAUGGGUUCUGAGUUACACCUGAAGUCACCUCAUAGAUCGUUCAGUGAAACUACCAGGCCACUUUGUCCCCCAGACACCAUACAUAAUACAGCAUUGCCAUUUGUUUCAUCUAUUUUACCUCAUUUUCCUGAAUCCCCAGUCCAAUGUCCAGUAUCUGUACCUGACACAGAGCAAGAUGGAAACAGAGGUGAUAUGCCAGGAGUGGACCAAAGGGAAGAGUCAGUAGCAUUGGACAAUGCCAUUCCAUACAUGUCUCCAAUUAAAGCGCAUUCACCAUUUGAUACCUGCAACCCACUUCCUGAUAAAUCUUGUACUGUGGCUCCAGAAAUGCACAACAUUGUAGUGGAAAACCAACAGGAACAAAUUAAAGUUGCAGAAAAAUGUGAUGAACUACAGCAGAAUAUUGCUGCUAGACAACAAGAUGAACCUUUGCCAUGGACUGAUUCUUUUCCAACUUCCAUAGAUGAUCUUGAUCUGGGACCAUUUUCACUUCCAAUGCUGCCAUUACAAGACAAAGACGACCCAGACGUAGAAAUGACAGAACCAGAAUCUGAAGAGAAGGCGAAGAUAACUGAAGCUAGUGAUCCUGUAGUUAUUAGCACACACGCUGAAGAUACAGAUCAUGCUGCUGUAGCAACAGGGGAAGGACAUGGAGCUAUCAGUGAGAUUCUAAAAGCAGUUACUACAGCAGUGGGGGAUAAAAUUGAGGAUACUGAGGAAAAAACCUCAUUAAGUGCUGAAGAGAAUGGAGAAAAUGAUAGUCGGCAGAUGUCACUGCAGCAUACUGAAAUAAGUACAGAAUUUGAAGAUAAAACUAUGGCAGUUACUUCUAAUUCAUUGGUAGAUGACACUAUUGUCAAAGUGUUUGAAACUACAGAAGCAACAUCUAAACCAGUGACUGAGGUAACAAAGCCAAGCAAAGUUGAAGAGAUUCCUCAAAGGAUCACAAGGAACCGAGCACAAAUGCUGGCUAAUCUAAACAAGCAGAAUAACUCUGUUACCUUAGAGAAGGAUACUACUUCUGCUCAGUUAGGAAAACCAAAAGGGCGCGUAGUGGAGGAGGAUGAUUCACAGGCGCAGCAUCCACGCAAGAGAAAAAUCCCUCGUGCAAAUCAUCAACCAAUGAUUCUCAACCCAUCAGCACAGCAGACACGAGAAAUGAUCCAGCAGACAUUGGCAGCUAUUGUUGAUGCAAUUAAAUUAGAUGACAUUGAACCAUACCACAGUGACAGAUCCAACCCUUACUUUGAGUAUCUUCAAAUUCGUAAAAAGAUUGAGGAAAAACGCAAAAUCUUGUGCUGUAUCAUCCCACAAGCACCUCAGUGCUAUGCUGAAUAUGUUACCUAUACUGGUUCCUAUUUGUUGGAUGGAAAGCCCCUUAGCAAACUCCAUAUCCCUGUGAUUGCACCACCUCCAUCUUUGUGUGAGCCUUUGAAAGAACUUUUCAGGCAGCAAGAAGCCGUGCGUGGGAAAUUGCGUCUUCAGCAUAGCAUUGAAAGGGAGAAGCUAAUAGUUUCAUGUGAGCAAGAAAUUCUACGAGUGCACUGUCGAGCAGCAAGAACAAUAGCAAACCAAGCAGUGCCAUUCAGUGCUUGCACAAUGUUGCUUGAUUCUGAGGUUUACAACAUGCCAUCAGAAAAUCAGGGAGAUGAAAAUAAGACAUCAGUGAGGGAUCGAUUUAAUGCCCGACAGUUUAUUUCAUGGCUACAGGAUGUUGAUGAUAAAUAUGACAGAAUGAAGACCUGUUUGUUAAUGCGGCAGCAGCAUGAAGCAGCUGCAUUGAAUGCAGUACAACGAAUGGAAUGGCAGCUAAAAGUACAAGAGCUUGACCCAGCCGGACACAAGUCCCUGUGUGUCACUGAGGUCCCUUCCUUCUAUGUGCCAAUGGUUGAUGUGAAUGAUGACUUUGUGCUUCUGCCAGCAUGACAGUGAUAGCAUGUGGUUGAUAACCAUUUGUGGCACAAGUGGGAUACUUCCCAAAGGAACAUUAGUUUAAGGUUUUUUUUUCUUUAAAAUCCUUAAGUGCUGCUUGCUAAUGAUUCCCUGUUUCAUGAGGAGGAAGCAUCAUUGAAAUUAUAAUUGCACUUUUCACAGAUUUUAGAUAUCACUUCUGCAGGGAAGAAGGAUGUCAAGACAGGUCAGUGGUUCAGAUAUAAUAAAACUUAAGCAAUUACAGCCUGCACACCAACUGGAAAGUUGCAGGCCAAAAGUUGUAUGCCUGUAUUGAAGUGCAGAACAGUAGGACUCAGCAUAACUGGUAACUGCCAUAGCAAUGCCCUUGAUCAUGUACUUUUGUUUGCAAUAGGGAGGCAAUGACAAUUUAGUGAUGUAUGUUGGCAUUAACAAUAAUUUUAGCUUCACUUUAAAGAACUGUUGGAAAAUAAGUAACAGUAUUGCACAUCUCUGCUUAUUAACAGACGUUGAAUUGGUUGGGUGAUUAAAUGUGUAGUGUGGUCAGACUUCAUCUUCAUUGAUCAGAGUUAUCAGGUCACAAGUUGGACUUUAAGUGCAUUGUGAAUUAAGUUAUAGAUUUAAAGACUUAAACAGGUAAGAUUUUGGAGCUUGUAGUCAUUUUAUUUUAGGAAAAAAAAUUAAUGUCCAGCCUAUUUAACCCAUCACGGUUUUACAUACACUCUGAAGUCCACUGUGAUCAUGCAAUUCUGCAAUUCUGUUACUGUUGCGAACAAGAACAACUCUAUGAGAAACCCUGUUGAAGCACAUUUUCUUUUGGUAGGGCCACUGAGUGUGUUUUAAUUCUUUUUCUUCCCCCAUCUACCCCUUAAUUUUUGGGCAUUCAUUGCUUCUCUAGUAGAGAGCACCACUUGACACUAUAGAGCCAAUACUAAAUGGUUUUUAAAAAAAAAUCCCUUAAAUCCUGUACAGUUUUUUAUAUACAUUAACCAGUGUACUGUGAUGGCAAUGGCUGCCUUUAGAUAAUUUAUUUUGCCACACAUUACUGCACAGUUGUAAAUAAGUACUCAUACUGUAAUAUCACUCUUCAGAGCUAAAUGUAUAAAAAAAAAUCCUCAGAUGUACAGUUUUUUUUAGAUGGCACUUUCAUUUCAAUUUGGGAAAAAAAAUGGGCCAAAUAAUUUGAAAUGCUCAUUGUUUUACUGGUUAACCUUGGAAAGUCACAUCUCCGCAAUGGAAUAGAUUUUUGUUAUGGCUGCAACAAAAUUUAUUCAGUUACUUAAAGUUUUUACACUAAGUUGCAAGUGUGGAGUAGUUACUUCAACUUUUUAUUAUUCAGCUGUGUGGUUUAUUUGCUAAAUGUUUUCAUGUUUACAUAAAGGUAAAACUGCUGCACAGUAAAUUUGAAAGGAAGCACUGAUUCUGAUUCAGUAUAUAAAUUAAUUUGAAGACAAAUGCCAUGUUAGUCACCUGUGACAAGUAGAUAUUUGGCAUUUGAUAUGCCAGUUCUGCCUUUGAGGUAUAAAAUGUCUGGUUUGUAUGUAUUCCCAACAGUAAAUAUGUCACUAGUAUGUAGGCCAUUUAUAUUUCCACUUACUGCUAUUUACGGGACAAAGACUGAGAAAUCUGAAUACCAAUCCUAGCUAAAAUGCUGUCCAAAACAAUGGCAAAUAGUCUUUUUUCCUGUAAAUUUUACUGAUAUAUAAACUGUAUCAUUAAGGAGAAUUACUUUAAAAAUUAAGUAGAUCCAGUGCACAACUUUUUUGGUAAAUUAGUAUAAACAUCUUUAAAGACGUUACAUUUGUUGACAUCAACUGGAAACGAUGCACAGUUUAGAACACCUGAUGGCAAAGCAAAAUUCUUCACAUCUUUGGCUUUCAUUGGAGACAAAAUCAUCUUCUGACUCAGGGCAAAUGAUUUGUUUCCAUUCAGAUCUUCAGAGAAACUUGCAUUCUUCACAACCUGUGAAUUUUUAAUGGAAUUAUAAUGCCCAAGUAACAAAUCUUAACCACACAACCAAGUGCAAACAGUAAAAGUAGUUCAGAAUAUAAGUCAAGAAAGCACUUUCUGAUGCAAAGAAUGGUCAGUAGCUGGAAUGUUUUCAUGAUUAAAGCAGUAGAGGCAAAAAUUCCUAUAUAUUGGUCAGUGAAGAAUAUGUGUCUGUGAAGCACAAGUUAGGUUGGCCCCCCUCAUCCAUACUCAGUUGUGAUCAUUAAAUACAUAAAUCUAAGAUUUCUCACAAAGUAUUGUGUUGUACAAAAUUGCCUGCCCUGCUUCUCGACUUCUGACCCCACUGGAUCCACAGUUGAGUGUCUAUAAGCUAAUUGUGAACCACCAUAUGUGGACUUCCUUUUACAAUGAACCUAAAUAUUUAAGAUGGAAGUUGGUGUGUAUCUGAUGUGAAGUUUGAAGAAGAGCUUAAUGUUGUUCACCCAUAAGUACUGGACAACUGUACAAAAUAGCAAAGUAACCAUCAGACAUAUUGUCCUCCAUUAAGUUCACCACUGCUGCUACUGCACUGUUAUACAAUAACUGUUGGCUGUUUUAUUACAGUCACAUUUUAAUUAUUAUAAUCUUUGUUUUUAAAUAGGUGAGCUAACAUUAUAAUCAGUGGGUUCAUAACUAUUUUUCGAACUGUUGCAAAAUUGUACCUAGACACUAGUUAUCCUUCACAUAUUUAAAUUGCAUCUAUUCUUUUGAAAAUCUGUUUGAAUGAUUAUGAAAAUUUCAAGACUUGCCAAUUAUUUUAGUUUAUUUAAAGUACAUUGAAACAUUAUCUGCUUGAUUUUAUUAAUGUUUCAAAUCAUUGCAGUUUAAUCAUUCAGUUUUGCAGAAGACCCGAUCGUCAAAGGUGCCCACAUUAUAGUGACUUAAUAUGGAACUGGUUAUUUCUGUCAAAGGUCUUUACAUUAAUGGAAAACUGAAAUGCAUUGAGUGCUGUGCACAUUGGCUUUUCAGUAGUGUGGUAUUGUAAAUUCAACCUUUUUAGUUUUACCAAGGGCAUUAUCUUAUUUCUUACUAUGAAAAUAGUAUAAUUAUGUGUUUUGAACUACCUGAUUACUAUGAUGGCUCAUUGUUAUUUUUUUUCUGAAACAUACAUAUGCAGAAUGUCCUUCAGUUGGUGCCUGGAAGUUAUUGAAAUUUUAUCUGGGUAAUUAUUAUUGAAUAGAAAAAUAAAUAUAAAAGUUCAGCAAAAAAAAAUUUGAUUGUUUACACUAACUUCAGAGUCCGGUUCCUGUUCUGUACUGUAUUUUGAUUAGUUGUACUUUUUUUGGAGAGUAAAUGUAUUGUAAAUCAGGCACAUGUUAUCUCUGUAAUGUUAGCAGUUGAACUGCGUGCAUUGUGUACCAUUUUUGUCAACUGGAUCUUUGAAUGUAGGGCUCAAACAGUAGAGCUAUUAUAUCCAUAUUUAAAUACUAACAAACAGAUGAAUGAUGCUCAACAGACUGACGAUUUACUAAAAUAUCUUUUAUAGCAACUGGAUACAGUGCAACUGAACUAAGUGUUGCUAAACUUAAGUUAAUAUUGGUCUGAUUGUGACAUUUCCUUAAUUUGAGGUCUUCCCCCACUUGUCCCAGGAAAAUUUACCUGAUGUAUGUCUCCAUAUUGUGGAUCAGUUAACCGGUCAAUCCUAUAGUGUCUAACUUGGCAAAGUUUAGAUUUUUAUGUACACUUUAGUACCUUACCCAAAUGAUCCUCUGCUUUUUGAGGAGUUGGGUAUGUAUAAAUGAUUUAAUAGCUUAAUGCCUAAAAUUUAGUACAAUUUUCUUUGUACCAAGCCUAUUACAACCCUUCCCCUUUUAAAAGAACAAUUUUAUUGUUUGGUGCCUGCUUUAAAAACUGACAGAACUUGCAGAAAUCUGUUAAGUUGAUUCACAUGACAGCCACUACUUUUUACAGAAACCUGAAAUAGCUGCUUUUAAUGUUUCCCGAUGCAAAUGAACUUUCUAUGAAGAAUGUUUUAUUUUCUCCCUCUGUGUCAAGUAACUGAUGUGCACUGUAUUCCAUUUUGGAAUUAUCUAACACAUUGUGGCAUUCUUAAAUCUGCAGUCUUUUGCGCCAUUGGUCUGUGAAUUUCUAGCUCAGAUAUUGCAUGCAAUGUCACAGUGCUUUUAGGGAAUGUAUAAUGUCACUAUCACAUUAAUAUAUUUAAGGUCGGGCACGGAAUGAGAAUGAUGCAAAGUAGCAAAGAAUAAUGACAAAAACUUUUAUGCUAAUUACAAAAAUUGUUUGAGCCCUACUUUAUCACUAAAAAUGAUACCUGUUCAUAAAGCAUGGAAAAUUGUUCCUUGCAGAGAUGUGCAAAAAGCUUGUAUUUCCUGUCAUGGUCACUCAGUUUUAAACAAUGGGUCUCUGUCACGGUACUGUCUAGUUUCCUAUACAAAAGGCAAUAUUCAAAACUAUUUUACUAUUUUAUCUUGAUUCGUGAAAAGUAAAGUGAGAAAUACCACUAUCAUGUAUCUCAAUAGGACUAAACUGAAGUAUUAUUUUCCUUAUUCAUUACCUUAAUUUUCCCAUAAUUAUUAGCUAGCCCCCUCAUGAUACACUAUAUAAGCUUAAAUGAAAAUUCAUGUCAUAUUUAUAUCCUUGCUUGUAAUUGCAAGAUCACAUUUAAAAUGAUUAUUUUUGACAUUUUAAAUACACAGUGAAUGUGCAUACAUUUGCAGUGGUUUAUUGCUGAAGAAUUGUUCCAGUCCUUGUAGUUACAAUAACAUCAGUAAUAGACUGCAGAACAGCAUUAAUUCUCUUACAUUGCAGGAAGUCUGGUAAAGUCAGAGUUUAGUAUAAAAUUAAAAAGCAAGGUGGAAAGACCUUUGGUUUUAUUAUUAUAACUAUCUUUCUGCGGUGCCUGAUGACCUCUUUUGAGAUUUAAUGGAUCAUUAUAGAAAAAAAAUUGUUUUUAACUUUCCAUAAUAAAACUUCUGUAAUAUUGCAAAACAACUAAUAUUUUUGUCUGUAUUUAUAUAAGCAGCUUAAGUUUUGUAAAUGUGUGGAUUGCAGAGCCAUAUGUGUAUGUAUCCUUCAAAACCAGCAAAUGUCACAGUUGUUAAUGUCACCUAUAGAAGAUGGCUAAACAGCUUUAGAAAUAUUUUUUAAAAUAUGUAAAAUUAGAAUAUUAUGAUAUUCUUUACUUGGCCUCUCAAAGGUGGGACUUGGUUCCAAGCUUCAAGAACACUACUAGAGUACUGGGAAAUUUUCAAAAGCCCAGGACUGUGUCAAUUACCCAGACUAAUAUUUUAAGGUGACCAACAAUGAUAGUCCAAAAAUUUUGCACACCUCUAAGUAUAGGGCGAUUAAACCUUUUUUUUCUUAUUCUUACACCUGUGGUAUAUGGAGUGAAGUCUCAGAUCUGUAAAUGUUCUUGCAUCUGUAUGAGACAUUGUACAUAAUUGUAAAUAACAUCAAGUUCACACUCUCCUCUUUGUAAUAGUAAACUGUGUAGAAUGUUUUUUUUUAAGAAAAGAGAAAGCAGUGGCAAACAUGCCAUCGGUGAUGUAACGAUGUAAUUUUUUUGUACAAUUUAGGUUACUUGUGUACAUAUUGUUUGGCAGUGCGCCACUGCAGUACUGUCACUAGCUGUAUGAGUUCUUGCAAAACAAAUGUUAUUUUCUACAGUUGCAUGUACAGAGAGAAGAGAGAUACUGUUGUCCCUCAAAAAUUAUGUUCGUAAAUAAAUGAAAAUAAAUCAG